AGCAACUUUGACUACCUGAUGCACCUCAACCGCGAGGCGGGGCGCAGCUUCAAGGACCUCAGCCAGUACCCGGUGAUGCCCUGGGUUGUGGCCGACUACUCCUCCCCCACCCUGGACCUGUCAGACCCAGCCACCUACCGCGACCUGUCCAAGCCCAUCGGCGCCCUCAUCCCCCGCCGCCUGCACGAGUUCCAGCAGCGCUACGCCGAGCUGAAGCAGAUGGCGGCCCCAGGAGGGGGCGGCGGCAGGCAGCCGCUGGGCGCGCCUCCGCCGCUGGACAUGCCCCCCUUCCUGUACGGCUGCCACUACUCUUCUCCCGGCUAUGUCGUGUUCUACCUGAUGCGCAGCGACCCGCAGCUCAUGCUGCGCCUGCAGAACGGCCGCUUCGACGCCCCCGACCGCCUCUUCUGGUCCAUCGCCGACACCUGGAAGAGCGUGCUGUCUCUGCCGUCAGACGUGAAG